AUGAAAAGAUUAGGUACAUGUUUUCAUUGCCUUGCUUUCUUUAGCUCCCUGUGUUUGCUCAAGUUUGUGGUAAUUUCAUCAUUGACUGAAAAAGAAAUCUUGCUUCAAUUCAAGGGUAACAUUUCUAGUGACCCUUUUAAUACUUUGAGCUCUUGGGAUCCAAGUGGGAGCCCUUGUCGAGAUUUCAGUGGCGUGUUCUGUAAUUCAGCUGGUAAUGUGGAGAAGAUUGUAUUGUGGAAUACUAAUCUUGGUGGAAUUUUAGCCCCUUCCUUGGCAGGAUUAAAGUCUUUAAGAACCCUUAACUUGUUUGGCAAUAAGUUUACUGGUAAUAUCCCUUCCCAGUAUGUUGAAAUUGAUACACUUUGGAAGAUCAAUGUGAGCUCCAAUGCUUUAUCCGGCUCUAUUCCAGAAUUUCUUGGAGAAUUGCCCAGCAUAAGGUUCCUUGAUUUGUCAAAAAAUGGAUAUACUGGAGAAAUUCCCCCAGCUUUGUUUGACAAUUGUUUCAAAACAAGGUUCAUUUCUUUUUCCGGUAACAAUCUAUCAGGACCAAUACCUCCAGAAAUUGGCAAUUGCUUGAGUCUUGAGGGAUUAGAUUUAUCUUAUAAUAGUGUCAGCGGUAACCUGCCUCCAGAAAUUUGUAGUGGCAUUCCAGGCUUAUUGUACUUGUCUUUGAGGAGCAAUUUACUAUCAGGAACUGUUCAAGAGAAAGUUUCUGCCUGCAGACAACUGGAGUUUCUGGACCUUGGUACUAAUCUGUUCACUGGUUUGGCCCCUUUCGGACUUCUUGGAGGGCCAAACUUCCAGUAUCUCAACAUCUCGCAUAAUGGAUUUGAGGAGGGAUUUCCAGAGAUUGAAACUUGUAGUGACACUUUCCAAUUUCUGGACGUUUCUGGGAAUAAUUUUUUUGGAAGAAUUCCACCAAGCAUCACAAAGUGCAGCGGUCUGAAGUAUAUAGAUUUGAGCUCCAACAGGCUCACAGGAAGCUUACCUCAUGAAAUUGCAAAUCUCAAACAGCUUCUGGUUAUUAGAUUAGCAGAUAAUUCCAUAGAUGGAACCAUCCCUGCAGAAUUUGGGAGUAUUGAGUGGCUCCAGGCUCUGGAUUUGCACAACAUGAACAUCACUGGUGAGAUACCUGAUGAGAUAGCAAAUUGCAGAUUUCUUCGUGAGCUGGAUGUUUCGGGAAAUUCCUUAGAGGGCGAAAUACCACAAAAUCUUUACAACAUGUCAUACCUGCUUAUUCUUGACCUACAUAAAAACCUGCUUAAUGGAAGCAUACCUUUGACACUUGGAAACUUGUCUAACUUACAUUCUUUGGAUUUGUCGGAGAAUCAUCUUUCUGGACAAAUCCCUGAUACACUUGGAAAUUUGAAGAACUUAACUCAUUUCAAUGUCUCUUAUAACGACCUUUCUGGUCCUGUACCUUCUGCUCAAAUCAUUCAGGGUUUUGGUGCCUCGGCCUUUUCACACAAUCCAGGUCUCUGCGGUGCUCCUUUAGAAACCUCCUGCCCGGGCAAUGUCACAACGGCAGCUAGAAAACCAAAGUUGAGCGUGUCAGCCAUUGUUGCUAUUGUUGCGGCUGCUCUAAUUCUCACUGGUGUCUGUAUUAUAUCAGUGAUGAACCUCAGGGCUCGCAGUAGGAGAAGAGAAGAAGAAGCAGUAAUGGUAGAAAGCACUCCAUUAGCUUCAACAGAUUCUAAUUUUAUAAUUGGAAAGUUGGUUCUGUUCAGCAAGACCUUGCCUUCAAAAUAUGAAGACUGGGAGGCUGGCACUAAAGCCUUGCUUGACAAGGAGUGUAUAAUUGGUGGGGGCUCAAUUGGAACAGUGUACAAAACCACUUUUGAAGGUGAUGUAUCCAUUGCUGUAAAGAAGCUUGAGACAUUGGGAGGUAUCAGAAACCAAGAUGAGUUUGAGCAUGAAAUUGGCAGAUUAGGAAACCUCCAACACCCAAAUCUUGUAGCUCUCCAGGGUUAUUAUUGGUCCUCCAGUAUGCAGUUAAUCUUAACAGAGUUCAUCCCAAAUGGGAACCUGACAUUGAUAGAGAGGGGUGCUGCUUCAGAUUGUUUAGACAGAAGUUUGCGUGGAUAUGCUGAAAAUGAGCUGAUCCAGGUUAUGAAAUUAGGAUUGAUAUGUACUUCUGAAGUUCCUUCCAGGAGACCUAGCAUGGCUGAGGUAGUUCAGGUUCUUGAGUCCAUAAGAAAUGGUAUAGGGUCAUAG